AUGGGUGAUGACUCCGCCUUGUCCCUGAUACCGGAGACCGAGAACUCUUCUCUCUCCGCCCUGGUAUCAGCGGGCGGAGAGAAACACGUCCCUACCGGGGGCGACUUCGACGGCUUCCCCAUCGAGAGCAGAAAGGACGUCGUGUACCCCACGGCUAAGGCCUCGCUCGGGGUGGUGUACUCCCUCAUCAUCAUGGUGUGUGGGGUGGGUAACACCCUCCUCCUCCUGGUCCUCUUCAAGUACAAGAAGACCAGAAACACGGCGAACUUGCUCAUCGCCAACCUGGCCCUGUCCGACCUGAUCGUCGCCGUGUGCUGCAUCCCGUUCGACAUGGACUACUACGUGGUACGUCCGCGGGUCUGGGUGCACGGGGACGCCGCCUGCGCCGUCGUCAACUUCGUCAAGACCGUGUCCAUGUACGUGUCCACCAACGCCCUGCUCGUCAUCGCACUGGACAGAUACAUCCUUCUGUAUCACCCUCACAGACGUAUGGGUUCUGUCCUGUCCCUGGUGGCCGUGGGUCUGGUGUGGGGCGUGUCUCUACUCGUGUCUGUUCCCACCGCUCUCUACUCCGUCACUAUCUCAGCUGUAGGAGGUGACGGGGCGAUCUGUGUGCAGAUGUGGCCGAUCCGACAGUACCGGGCCUCCCGAGCGUACUUCCUCUUCACCAUAGUGGGGGAGUUCGCCCUGCCCGUACUCGUCAUGGGGGUGUGCUGCGUGCUGGUCGUCCGGAAGGUUUGGCGGAGAAGCCUGCCCGGGCAGCGGACGGACGCCCAACGGCGCCUGCUGGCCCGGUCCCGGCGUAAGGUGGUCCAGCUGGCCGUCAAGUUCUUCAUGUUCGUGGUGUGCUGGGGCCCGUACCACGGCGUCAUCGUCGCCCGAGACUUCUUCCCCUCCAGCUCCAUCGCCACCGGCGCGCCCGGAACCUUCAACAUCUUCUACAUCGUGGAGGCCGUUGCCAUGAGUAACAGCGUCAUCAACUCUCUGGUGUACGUCGGCUUCAACACCAGCGUCAUGGCGCAGCUGGGCGAGCUGGUCUGCCUCAGGUCCGACCGGAACGCCCGCAGAGCUGUCGUCACGCUGCAGAGCUACAGAGCCACUCUACAGGAGGAUCGUGCCAGCAACGUUAACGUAACUACACCAAACGGCACCCGCAGAAUACGGACUCUGUAA